AAAGAGUGUUGCUAUGGACCAGUGGGUUGUGGUGAAAUGUAAAACCCAAUGAGAUGUUUCAGGAGGAUGAUGGGAGCAUGAACCCUAACCACCACACUCAGAACAAGAGUGAAUCAUGGCAGCUGGAAGUCAAGUAUCUCCAGUCAACUCUGGACUCAUGAAGAUCUGCACAGCAGCCGAAGUUAAAAAUGAGACGCAAUUGAUGAUGAAAUCGCCAACUGGGAAGAAUUCCUGAUGCCAGGGCCGACCUCUGUAGCUAUUCUAAGUGAGCUGAUAUUUAUAUCGGCAGCUGAUGAUUUUCCUCUAAACAGAGACACACCUGACAAAAAACUGAAGUUUGUUAAACACCCAGAAUCAUUCCGAGCCUGCUUGAUGCAGGUGUGCAAUCAGGGAUGGAGAGCUUUCAACACCGCCCAUAAGAACAUGGAUCAAAUCCGCCUCUACUCUCUGAACAUACCGAAUGAUAUAAAAAUGGUGGUCCAGACACUAAUGCAAGAGGAUACAAGAAUUGUUGAGGCACUUCUCCCUCCUCAGCUGAAUAAAAUCGAUAGAGUUGCAAAGAACUGUUUAAAGCUAGCUAAUAGCGUUGAAGAAAGCUACCUGGGUGUUAUUGAGCUCAUCGGGGAGAUUCUUGAAGUCGCCACAGCUGCAAAGUCCUCCUAUACAGAAAGCCUGAAAGAAGCGGAGCGAGCCAUCGAGGAAGCCCAAAUCAGAAAGAAGUCUGCGGAGAAGGCAAAGGAACUGGCAGAAAAGCAUUUCAAAGAGAUGCAGGAACAAAUGAAAGAAAACAAGGAAGCAUAUAAAGAAGCAAUGUCUUCUUUACCAGGUGGAUGGGCUAUGAUUGGAUUGGCAUUGGCUGAAAGUUUCAAAGAUUCAAUUAAAUGUAUUCCUGAAACCAUUAAAAAUUUAUCACAAAAUCCUCUUGCAAGGAGUUAUCCGGAAGCUGUAUGUGCUGUGGAUUGUGAUGAUGAAAAAAGGAAGGAUGAUCUAGGGGCAACAAACAAUAUUUUGACAAAAUCUUCUCAGCUGUUACAGGCUGCAAACAGCCUUAAUGUGUUUGUUUCAGAUGAAGAAAUCAACAUGAAGGAACUCCGUGACCAGAAGACCAAGAAAGCCAAAUCAGAGUUUUCAAAAAAGAUAUUUACUAGAAUUAAACAGGAGGUAGAGAGGGGAAAAAAAUGUGCAGCCAAAAAAGCUGUGCUCAAGAUAUGUGAAGGCGGCAUCUCAAUCUGUAAAGACUUGGAGAAGUUGCCUUCAAAGAUUAAAGAGUUCUUUGUAAAAGUCCUGGAACUACAUUCAAGCAGCAACAGGUUAACAAAUACUUCAACUUUCCAAUGUAAAUCACCACAUGCCACCAAAGCAUCAAAUAAACUUUCACCAUCCAGUUCUGUUUUGGAAACAACUAUAAACAUGGCUCAAUACAACGUAGAACAAGCCAAAUCAGAACUGAAGAACGUCAGGGAAGAACACAAUCGCAGCUUUGAAAACAUGAAGCAAUGCGACAAGGAGCUCUAUGAAAUACUGAUCAUGAUGAAAAAAUGUGAUGUAAAACAAAUUGACUUUGAUACGACAUUGAAGAUCCUUGUCCAGGGGCUAAAAGCAUUGGCCGUGUCAAAGAACAAUGGACUAAAAUGGUCAAUUUCUUUCAGAUGAUGUCCAAUUUAAUUAACACUCACCUCAGCGAAAAGCUCACUCAAUUUGUGGAUGAAUGUAAAGAUAUUCCAUCGAUCCCAGGUUAUUCUCACAGUUCUUUCAUCAAAGACAUGAUCUACAAUCAAGCAUUUCAGGCCAAUAACAUUGCUAACCUCGUCCACAUGAUUUCAGAAACCUACGUUGGUGUCUCCAGGAAACACCUGAUGCAUCGAGUCAGCAGCUUGGGGACCCUCAUGUCUCUGGAGGCAUCAGACCCACAAUUCAAUAGCAUACGUUCAGAGAUACAGUUCAACUGUGCAGAUGCCAAAGCUGCAAUCCAAGAUCUUGUGAAUGAAAGUAAGGAAGCGUUUGAGAAGAGGAUACAGCAGAGAAUCGACAAAAUCAACACCGAUUUGAAGGCUGUGCUGCCGGCUGCUUCAGGAGAACAAAUGCAGGCAAUCCAGAGCAGCGUGCGAAAGGAUCCAAUGCUGAUAAUUGAAGAGCUCUCAGAAGAAGAUACUGACCAAUAUGUCUAAGCAAAGACUUCCCAUGUAAUGGAACAUAGUGCUACAGCUUAUGUAUUGACUUUACAAACCAAAAAAAAUAUUGCAUUUACUCUCAAUUACUUAUUUUUCUAAAUCAAGUUGUUAACUUGAAUCUGUUACUCUGCUUGAAGAUUCACUUAUAUAACCGCAGUUAACUAAUGCUACACAUUAAAUACAAAAUACUGCUUGAAUGUUUAAAGAUCCCUUGCUGCAGAAAGAAAGCUAAACCUUUUUAAUUCCUGCUAUGAAACUGAAUUGUGUUUCCUUUGCCACCAGAUGGAAAAGUUGAAAGCAGGUUGAAUUAAAUUACAGUUGUGUUUAGCAACAGCCUACGUAUUUCCUUUAAAAAUCAGAUCCUUGCAUUAAGAAAAUGAUGUUAUCCUGCUUUUGAAUGU